AUGCGCGCACACGUGGCGCUAUUUGUGGCGUGUUGGUGCGCGGUGCUUGCGACGGCGGUGGCGGUGGCCGCGGCGGCGCAGGAGCUUCGCGUGCUACAAGCAGAUGCUCGCGCCAUCUUCUUUUUGGGCAUCGCGGCGCCGCCCUCGGCCACCGACGUCGUGCGCGCGUUCAACCACUCGCUUGCGGAGAUCUCACAAACUUACCUCGCCGACGACUACCCGCUAUAUCUGCGCAAUAUAACGCUGCAACCGCUUUAUAUCGAGCUACCAGAAGAUGAAAGGUAA